AUGUGGCUAAUCGGAAUCCACUUCGGUGAAGAUGACCCUCCUGAGAUCACAGUGGAAGAGAAGACAUCACAGGCUUGGGAGAAACCACCACUGGGAUACUUUAAGUGCAACGUGAGCACGGUGUGGGAAGCACAAACUGGUAAUGUCGGUGCAGCUUGGAUUGUUAGAGAUUCUUUUGGGGAAGCUUUAUUUCAUAGUCGAUGUUCCUUUGUCGGAAUUCGGUCUCUGGUGGAAGCUACUAUGAUCGGCAUGGUGUGGACAACAGAAGCUCUGAAUGACAUUCAGGUGAGGAGAAUCAUUCUUGAAACUUCUUCUCCCCAAGCUCAGAAGAACUUUUCUCAGGCAUCCCUUCCAUGGAGCCUAAACUCACUUUGGAAGAGAUUUCGGAGAGCUCUGGAUCGGUUUGAAACUUAUCGAGUGGUUCGCAUCAAUGACGGGUGUAACACAAUUGCUCAAAACAUUGCAGAGAGUGCCUUGCAGGUCCAAUGGCAGCAAUCUUAUUUGGCAAGGAAUGGCCCGGAAUGGCUCGAUGCUCGUAUCAAUAUGGAAGCAUCAGUUGUGGUAUAA